AAAAGAAGGAUCGUUUUCUACUUUUUCUCAAUAACUAUUUCUACGAACUCAACGAUUGAUCCAAGAACUUCAGCAUUUCCGGGUUUCAUGGCCAGACAGGUCUGCAUGGUGAUGAGGAUCAAUCUUGAUUGCAAUUCUUGUUGCAGAAAAGUGAGAAGAGUCCUUCUCAAAAUGAAAGAAAUUGAGACACACUUGAUAGAGAAGCAGGAAUGCAUGGUAAGUAUCUGUGGAAGGUUUAUUCCAGCAGAUGUAGCGAUAAAAAUAAGGAAAAAGAUGAAGCGCAGAGUCGAGAUUCUGGAAAUUCAAGAAUUCAGCAAUGUCGGUGUAUAGAGCAAAUGCCGCCACACAUUCCAGGCCAUAUUCUAACACAGCGUGCGUAGAAUUUUCUGAACUUUAAGUCCAAUUUAGCAUAUUAAAACUUGCGCGUAUAUUCCAAAACAGAAUGACAGAAACAGAUACCGGUCCAUUAGUUUCCAAAAUGUAGUUGUAAAAAUAUUUGAUUCUGUGCACUGCAGUAUAUAAAUAGAUCAAUCCAUUACAUAA